UUCAUGUGGGUCAGACGGAGGGUUGAAGUAGACCUAAAGUUCAUUAUGGGAUGCAUGCGAAGGAGAACAGCAUGAUGGUUACAGCGUGUUCAGGAGACAAGAGGCAAAGGAAGGUCCCAGGCUGUAGGGAACGCCCCCCCCCGUCCGAGCCUGAGGAUGGAAACGAUACUUCGAUGAGCUCCUUCGGCCUCUCGGUCCGGGGUCUCCCUCUGGCCUUGGUGUCCAUGACACAAGCUACCGCCUCAGACUCACGCUUCCACCCUAAAUGGCGGGCGAUCACAGUUGCGACCCUGCUAGCUUUAGUGCUCAUGCUAUACCUGAACCGGACAGUAGGGGGCAAAAACGCUGCUACGAGAGGUGACUAUCGCAACGGGGUUCACAGUUUGCAGAUGCACAGCGAGGGUGAAGGGGGCCUCCUCAGGGACAUAAACAGACAGGCAGCACAAAACCCCUCCCGCCACCAGAGAGGGUUAAGACCUUACAACAACACGUACCCGUUAAGUCGGCCGGUGAAGACGGAGCACGGCAUCCGCUACCGUAUCGCCGUGAUCGCGGAUCUGGACACAGCGUCACGCAGCUCUAAGGACCAGACGUGGUUCAGCUACAUGAAGAGAGGAUACCUCACUAUUUCAAACAGUGCCGACAGACUGGAGGUGGAGUGGGAUGCUGACACGGUCACGCUGGAGAGUCAUCUGGCUGAGAAAGGACGAGGUAUGGAGCUGUCUGAGCUGGUGGCGUUCAAUGGUCACCUGUACAGCGUGGACGACCGUACCGGCGUGGUGUACAGGAUCGAGGGCAACCAGGCGGUCCCCUGGGUCAUAUUACCCGACGGGGACGGCUCCGUCUCCAAAGGAUUCAAAGCAGAGUGGCUGGCAGUGAAGGAUGAGCACCUGUAUGUUGGCGGCCUGGGCAAAGAGUGGACCACCACCACUGGGGAAGUCGUCAACAACCACCCGGAGUGGGUGAAGGUUGUCGGUUACCAUGGUGACGUGCAGCAUGAGAACUGGGUGCCCCACUACAAUGCCCUGCGGAGCGCCACAGGGAUACAACCACCAGGCUACCUUAUCCAUGAGUCAGCAGCGUGGAGCGAGCGUCUGCAGCGCUGGUUCUUCCUCCCUCGGCGUGCCAGUCACAAACACUACGAGGAGGCAGCAGACGAGCAGCGUGCCACCAACCUCCUCCUGUCCUGCCCCGCAGACUUCAGCUCCUUCACAGUGCGGCACGUCGGACCGCUCAACCUCAUCCGCGGUUUCUCCUCGUUUAAAUUUGUCCCAGGCACAGACGAUCAGAUCAUUCUGGCUCUGAAGUCAGAGGAGUACGCAGGCAGCAUCGCCACCUACAUCACUGCCUUUACGUUAGACGGCCAGGUGCUGAUGCCCGAGACACAGAUAGGGAAUGUGAAGUUUGAAGGGCUGGAGUUCAUUUAAGAGGAGCAGAGCUGAAGGUGUGCAAGGUCUAGGAGAUUAAGAAGUGGACUGAAUACGUGCAACACUCUUGUUUUAAGUCUUUGUAUUAAAUUCCCCUCAGUUCUACUGUGCAAUAAUGACACAAAGCUAUAUAUUUCAUAAUGAUAUUGUAUAAGAGCAGCAAGAGAGGGCAACAGAGAAGGAGAAUGUCAUCACCAGGAGAGACAAUGGAGUUGACUAAUUAAGUUAUUUAGCAUGAAAGGGUUGAUAGAGCUAUGCUAGUUAUUAAGAUAUUUAAUGGUUUUAAAAUCAGACACUACUUAUAUUGCAGAUGAGUCUGGGUCAAACAAACGAUAUAAAUAAGGAGCUGUCAGCGUAUGAAACCCCAGGUAAUGUGGAUCUCUUGCCCUGCAGCCAAACGCUGCUGCUCAGACACUCAGGAUAACAUACUUUUAAAGGAUGGAAAUAAAUAUCCUUUAACUACUUGAAAUAUCAAACUCACUCAAUGCUCUGUGCUUUAUCUUACCUGAUCAGACACACUGAAAUCUCAUAUAUAAUUUAUAUUAAUGUAAUGGGUUUAUUUACUUGAUGCAUAUCAACUUCUGAUUCAUAAGCUACAUGUGAUAUUUUUUCAACCUCACAUUUCUCACUUAUUUUAAAUAAACUGAAUAUUAUAUGCUUCUCAGGCCAAUAUGUGAAGCACCAGCUAUUACAUUUAAACCGUAACAUUUCUGUAAUCAUUUUGUAUCCUCUCAAAAUACAAAUAUUUAAAAUAAAUUCUCUUGUUUCAA